ACUGUAUUACCUCUUUUUGGGCUUAAUGAAGCUAGAUGAAUAUAUCUUAUCUUUUUCCUCUGUUCUGAGGGUCAUUGUUGAGUAUGGGUCUGUGGUUGCUGCUGUUGUGGGUGUUGAGUAUACAGUACUGUCCGGUGGAUACUUUCUUUGACUGGCUGAAGAACCCCGCACCAGCUCCUUCCCCUCCACAAGAACCCAUCAUACCUGUUCUGAUACGAGGAGACGCCCCACCCUUUGAAAUGAGUGUUGCUGAUGAAAAGUUUCUGGCUGAGGCGAAGCAGGUGGAACUCAGUCCUCUGGACAGCUGCCAUUUUCGGGUUGUUGCUCAGCUGAAAGCAACUUGCAGUGGCCUAUCAGAGGAGCAGCUGGCCAAACUGGGUGUGGCUUUGUUUAACUGCCAAUCAGAUGUGGAGGGUCGCAGAACUUACCCUUGUACUGAAGAAAUGACUAUUAAAGAGUGCACAGUAGACAUGGACUCCGACACAUGGAAUGCAUAUCAUAUUGUCAGUAAUAGAGCACGCUCUGUGUGUUACGCUACACGCCAGCAGCACUUCCGCAGACGCGCAGAAUUAACCGUAAACAGCCUGAUCUCCACUGCAACUAGUCAACUGGAUGCCAUGAAAGAUCUAAAGGAAGGUCAGAAAGAACUGAGGGAGAUUACUGCUGCCUCACUAGACAAGCUGCUGGAGGGUCACAGUGCUCUGCAGAUCCAGCAGGGGGUGCUGAAGGAAGGACAAGAGCAGCUGGACACUUCGAUCAGUGAGAAUUUGCAGAGACUUGCGCAAGAGAAAGCUCUCAUAAGCACUGGGCAGCAGCUGGUGGCACAGCUAAUUCAGGGCAUCACACAGAGAAUGGAGAAUGUUAGUGGCCAGCUGAAGGAUCAGGCUGCAGAAGUUCAGGACGGACAUCAGGCUAUUCUCGAUGACCUUGCUGUGGUCCGAGGAAGUGCUCAGGACAUAUACGAAAAAAUGGAGCGAAAUGUGAACGGUUUCCUGCAGCAGCAGAACACUACGGCUCAGUUUUACUCUGAGCUCAUGAGUAAACUGGAGCGUAUGAAUGGGACACUGGGGUACAUGCUGAUGUAUUUGGACAACAUGCAGAAUCGACUGGAGGACAGACUGCAAGUCAUCCAAGGCUAUCUCGGAUGGGCAGGCCUGAGCUUGCGUGCUCUGUGGACGUGUGUGAUGCAUACUGGUUACUUCGUGUUGUCCGCGGUGCUACUGUCGUUCCUGCAAUGCACCACAUUCUCCCGCGUCUCUCUGCUCCUCACUGUGCCAAUCAAUGCAAUCGCAGAGAUCAACCAGCAGUCGGCACUUGACCUGGUCUCACUCACUCUACUGUUGUUCACACUUUCACUAGGUCGCUGGUUUUUGCUGCAGGUGAUGAGGGUGUUAUCCAAAAUUAAGGGUCUGACCUGCAGCCCUCCCUCUCUCCCUAUAGGCCCUCCUAAAGAGAAGACACCUGAAAGAGAGAGAAAAUCAACUGUGUGCUGCCCAGCAUCAUCCUCCACUCCUGUACAAAAUGACCCAGACUGUGAUUUGGAGGUGGAGAGCUUCAUGUUGGGUGAUCCAUGCAUACUGGCUGCGUCCCCGUCCCAGCCUCACGGCCCACAGAAGUUUACUCGUCACACUUUUGGCACGCCGAACCAUUCAACCCCCAUACUCAAGAAUCGCCACAGCAUUGGAGGAGCAGUGUUGGAGAAUGUUCCUCAGAGGAACCUGGGAGGUGUGUUAGAGAUAAUUAACCACUCGCAAAGCUCAAGUCCCAACCAUUCUCUCGCCAGCAACAGCUCAUUUUCAGGUCGUCCUCUGUGCAGCGGUACCACCAGACUGGGUCAGCCAUGUAAGAAGAGGGCUGUGGUAGGUCAGGACUUCUGCAGGGUACAUGAAGGUGGCUACACAUCCUACAGUCGUCUAUGAAAUGGAUUUCUCUUCUGCUCAGUUGCUAAACUUUCUGUUUUCAGAAGGAUUAACACUAUAUAUUGACAGCUACAGCACUUUUUUUUUUAAACUAUUUAAUCUCUGUGAUAUCUGUGUUUUUGGUCAUGGAGUUUUUAUAGCAUGUUUAUUGCAGUGCCGUUUUUAUGUAAUCUGCAUCAAUUAUAAUAAAUGAAAUGAAAAUUUUUGAUUUCUUUUCAAGAAUACGGUCUCAUCUCAAGAAUUUGAAGUGUUAAACUGGUGCAUGUGCUGGUUUGCAAACACUGAUUUUUACUUGCUAUUAUUAAACUUGCAUUAUAUUUCUUGGAAACAUUAAAAGGUAUUGUUUGGGAAAACAUUUUGUGGUUUUGUGGAUAGCUGAAUCUUUGCUGAUGAGCCAAAACAUUAUGACCACUCACCGGUGACGUGAAUAAUGUUGAUCAUCUCCUAACAAGGCCACAUGUCAUGGUCUGGGUAGAUUAGAUGGUAAGGGAACAAUCAGUUCUCAUUGUCAACAUGUUGAAUGCAGGAGCAAUGGGCAGGAUUAAAGACCUGAGUGACUUUGACAAGGACCAAAUUGUUAUGGCCAGACAACUGGGUCAGAGCAUCUCUGAAACGGCAAGGCUUGUGGGGUGUUCCUGGUCAGCAGUGGUGAGUACUUGCCGACAGUGGUCCGAGGAGGGACAAACCACAAACUGGUGACAGGAUGUUGGGUGCCCAAGGCUCAUUGAUACGUGAGGGCAACAAAGGAUCUCAUCUGGUCUGAAAUGAUAUAAGGUCUUCUGUGGCACAAGUCACAGAAAAUUAUAAUAAUGGUUACGGGAGGAAUGUGUCACAACACACAGUGCAUCGCACCCUGCUGUGUAUAGGGCUGCGUAGCCGUAGACCAGUCAGAGUGCCCAGACUGGUCAGAAAGCACCUACAAUGGGCGUUUGUGUUGGAACUGGACCUUGGGACAGUAGAAGAAGGUCGCCUGGUCCGAUGAGUCCCGUUUUCUUUUACAUCACAUGGACGGCUGUGUACGUGUGCACCGCUUUCCUACAGUGCAUCCGGAAAGUAUUCACAGCACUUCACUUUUUCCACAUUUUGUUAUGUUACAGCCUUAUUCCAAAAUGGAUGAAAUUAAUUAUUUUCCUCAAAAUUCUACAAACAAUACCCCAUAAUGACUUUGAGAGUGAAAGAAGUUUGUUUGAAAUCUUUGUAAAUUUAUUAAAAAUAACAAAUGAAAAAAAUCACAUGUACAGAGAUAUGCACAGCCUUUACCAUAACACUCAAAAUUGAGCUCAGGUGCAUCCUGUUUCCACUGAUCAUCCUUGAGAUGUUUCUACAACUUGAUUGGAGUCCACCUGUAGUAAAUUCAGUUGAUUGGACAUGAUUUGGAAAGGCACACACACCUGUCUAUAUAAGGUCCCACAGUUGACCGUGCAUGUUGGAGCACAAACUAAGCCAUGAAGUCCAAGGAGUUGUCUGUAGACCUCUGAGACAGGAUUGUAUCGAGGCACAGAUCUGGGGAAGGGUACAGAAUAAUUUCUGCAGCAUUGAAGGUCCCAAUGAGCACAGUGGCCUCCAUCAUCUGUUAAUGGAAGAAGUUUGGAACCACCAGGACUCUUCCUAGAGCUGGCCGCCUGGCCAAACUGAGCGAUCGGGGGAGAAAGGCCUUAGUCAGGGAGGUGACCAAGAACCCGAUGGUCACUCUGACAGAGCUCCAGCAUUUCUCUGUGGAGAGAGGAGAACCUUCCAGAAGAACAACCAUCUUUGCAGCACUCCACCAAUCAGGCCUGUAUGGUAGAGUGGCCAGAUGGAAGUCACUCCUCAGUAAAAGGCACAUGACAGCCCGCCUGGAGUUUGCCAAAAUGCACCUGAAGGACUCUCAGACCAUGAGAAACAAAGAUUGAACUGGCAGUGGCCUUUUUCAGCAGGAUAAUGCGCCCUGCCACACUGCACACAUUGUUCGGGAAUGGUUUGAGGAACAUGAUGAAGAGUUCAAGGUGUUGCCCUGGCCUCCAGUUUCCCCAGACCUCAAUCCGAGUGAGCAUCUUUGGGAUAUGCUGAACCAACAAGUCUGAUCCACGGCAGCUCCACCUCGCAACUUGAAGGAUCUGCUGUUAAUGUCUUGGUGCCAGAUACCACAGGACACCUUCAGGGGUCUUGUAGAGUCCACGGGUCA